AUGCCAUAUUCUAGUAUUGCCGAGCUCAAGAGGGGCUAUGUUGAAGUCAAACCACAUCUUGCAAAGUCCUUUGUGGGAAUUUAUCUCGAUCUUGAGAACUAUCUGUAUUUCUCCGCCGCAGCACUAGUCGUGUAUGAUUUCUUCUUGACCCUUGAUCGUGAAGUUUGGUCCGUCUGGAGAGCGAAGCAGUCAGUUUCAUCGCUGUUGUUCUACGGCUUCCGAUAUGCGGCCCUACUCAACAUCAUCCCCACGCUGCUCAUUCGUACAUCGUUGCCCGGGUUGCAAUCCAAUUGGAUGGCAUUGGACAUCAUCAUCCUCGUGUGCUCCACCGUCUUCGCUGCGCUUCGCGUCUACGCCAUGUUCAACCGUAGUCGAUUGCUGUUCUGUCUCGCGUUGAUAACUGGCUUGCUGAAUCCCGCCAUCUCGAUCUACAUCUUCAGGAGGUCGCUUCCAACGUUGGACGCCUAUCUAAACCAUGAAGGUUGUAUGUUGACCAUCAUAGGUGACAAGACGUCAUAUGAAAAUGCAAGAGCAGCCUCCGUCGUUUCCGAUGGCAUCGUGUUAGCUUUGACUGUCGCUAAGACUCGGACACUGGAUAGAGCACGCCGGCACCAACGUGAGGACGGCCUGGUGCCGACAUUGAGCGGGAUACUCUUUCGAGAUAGUGCGUAUUUUACAUCUGUUCUGCUGUCGCGUCUCUUCUUGGACCUUCGCGAGGUAUCAGAUACAGAUAACAGCGGGAAGUCUGAGUUUCUCUCUCGCACUCUCCCGAGUUAUGGCCCAGAAUCGUCGGAUGCGGCAACACAGUUCACAGAGGUCGAGGCACUGGAGAUCCUGAGAUGAAUUUCAUUGAUGCUAAAUCGUGACGCAGUACAUAAGGAAACCGUAUCGGAUGUCUAGGCCUAUUUAUUUGCCGCAGUCAGACC